AUGCAGCACACCUCUUGCACCGAGGACAGGAUUCAGCACGCUCUGGACCGAUGCCUGGAUGGACUGAGGCAAAGUCCCACAGCAGCACAUCGCUGGGAUGUGCUGAUGUGCUCCGUUGGCCAGUCAAUGAACCGGUGGAGCCUAGAGGAGCUGGUCAAGAGGGACCCUGACAACUCCAUCAUCCUCUUGCAGCAAAUCCUGAGGAAGACCAAAGAGGUGCAGGAGAGGUGUCAGUAUGAGCUGGUGGCGGCACUUGCCAUCAUGUUCACGUCCACGCUGCUGCAGACACCUUACUGUCCUCCUGACACUGAGCUUCUAGAAAGAGCCACGGAGGUAUUCCGUACCUUCCUCACAUGGCCGGAGCCUUACUGCAGUGUGUGUCGAAACCUGCUCUCCACACUACAGCUGGAGAUGAAGGCUCCAGGGAUUUCCUUUCAGAGACUGGUGCGAGAAGAGCAAGAUCUGAACACCAACUGUCAGUCCUCAAAGACCAUGACGGUGCUGCUUAUGAACCCAAGCGAGGUGCCUUCUGACUUUCUGUCAGUGGCCGAGCAACUCAGUGGCGUUCAGCACUCGGAGAAAGACACCUACAUCACUCUCAUCAAACAUGCCUUCCAGUCCACACUUGGCAACAAGUAUCCCCUCUACAGUAUCCAUGAAACCUUGCAAGCAAAAGGUGUUGUUGAACUGGGUGAGAUGUUCUCCACAAUCAGCGGUGUGUUAGAGACUGCUGCAGCCAUGAGUGACCCUCUGGAGGCACGUGGUCACGUAAUAGAGGAACUAGAGCGGUUAAGGGAAAGGCUGCAUAUCCCUGCAUCCAAUGGAAUGGCAUCUGAUGGAAUGCUACAGACGCUCCCAAUCCCCACAGCCAAGUGUCGCAUGUUCCACUGGGAAAAAGAUAACUUUGAUGUCCUUAAUACCCUGCUGGAGGAUGAGCCGCAGAACUUGUCCACGAAGGAGGAUGACGAUGAGGACAUAGAGGACGAUGAGGGACACGACAGCUUAUCCCUAGUGUCGGAGUCUUACGCUCCGUCGUUCAACUCUGGAGCAGAUAGUGACUUUUUCGAGGACUCCGAUGACUCAGUCAGCUUGCCGAAGACUGCCAAAUCUCCGGCUCGGCUCAGCCAGCACUUGUACCGCCUCCUUCGUAAGCCCAAGAGGUCGAUAAACCGUGCCAAAAGUUUGGGAUACACGGAAUCCAAAGACUUUUCGGUGGUGCGAGAGAUUCGUUCGAAUUCGCUCCCCCACCAUGUGCAACUACGCAGUCCAGAGCCCUCUUCCUGUCACGCGCCGCAGAAUCAGACCGUCAGGCAAGUUUGCUUCAGGAGGAGGCCCAUUCUCAGCAGCGAUGAGGACGAGAACAGCACAACACUGAGAGUGGUGGUGUUCGGUGCGGACCAUGUCGCUGGCAAGGUGGCGCGGGCCUACAACAGCCUGAGGCAAAAAGAAAGUGCUUGCCCUCGUCUUAGCCGGGCCUUCAAAAUACAGUUCUACUUUAUGCCUGUUAAGAGAGACUCAGCAGCGGGGCAAGCUUGUCUUACCUCUUCCAGCCCAAAAGGAGUCAAUGAUGGCAUUAGUCUGAAUGGAGCAGAAAACAGCACCAAUGACAUCGCUCAUCUCCUUGGGAUGUUAGAUCCCUGGUACGAAAGAAACACUCUCAGCCUGCUUAAAUUGCCCCCCAACAUCGUCUGUCAGCAAACAUCCAAAACCGAAUCCGAAUCGUAUGACAGUUCAUAUGAGCAACGGCUCCCCAUCCUCGCUGACCUGGUCCUCUAUUAUUGCCGUUAUGCAGCGCGGCCUGCUCUGAUUCAACUCUAUCAAGCUGAGUUGACAUUUGCCAGUGGAGAGAGACGGACAGAGGUGUUCGUCCAUUCACUUGAGUUGGGUCACACUGCAGGGACAAGAGCCAUCAAGGCAAUGGGCGCUGCCAGCAAACGGUUUGGUAUCGAUGGUGAUCGAGAAGCUGUGCCUCUACAGCUUGACAUGAUGUACGAUAGGGUGGUGAUUAGUGGAAGGAGGCAAUACAAAAGAGAAUCUAAAAUGUGCACUUCAGUCAUCUUGACCAAAGCCUGCAAGAAUCCUGAAGAGCUAGACUCACAGUUGGAGUGCCUACAGCUCAGCAUGACAGAUGUUCUUAAGCGACAGAAUGGGAAAAGCAAGAAGAGCUACAACAUGCACCUCAGUUUGACCGAAGUGAAAGUGGACAAAGUGCAGAUCAGCGGUGCUGCAGACACAACCUUUGCUGUAUGUCUGGACCAGGAUGAGAAGAAGGUACUGCAAGGUGUCAUUAGGUGUGAUGUCUCAGUGUGCUCCAAACCUGACAGCUCCUCAGACUGGAGGCAGCGACGGGCCGAGAUGUCGGCUCAAAUUCAGCCACUGCACCCGAAAUUCUGCUCCCUCCUCUGUCUGCCCAUAGUGACCUUCAGUGGAGCCUUGCCCUGA